CACCGUCAGCUCUCGAGGCUACUUCUCUGCAUUGGCCUACCUAGAGCCGUCAAAAACACGUCACAAAGUUCGCGGCUAUCACCCACCUACCGCUGAUCACCUUGGCAGGAUGCGUACGCCGAUCCCCGUCCUGAUCACAGCCUUUUUUUGGGCACUGGGUUUCAGUCCUCUCAUUGGGGUCGGUCAUGCGGUAAACCUCGGCUGCGUGGUGCUGCUGGCGACCGCCGCCGGCAGCACGCCCCUCGCCCCGCGCCGCAAGACCCGCAAAGCGCCCCGGGCCCCCAAGCCUAAGCCGCCAAGUGGCGGCGGCAAGAACGCCUCGCACACGGCACCGGAAGAAGGCUUCGUCGCGAACACGACCGCGACCACAAAACGCUUCACCGGUCCUAAAACGGCGGCAAGACUAGCUCUAGCGCUGCUCCAGGGCUGCGUGUUAGCACCGCGGUCCUGCGCGUACACGUUUCGAAGUAUAACCCAAUCGAUCAAGAAGAAGUUGGGUAGAGAAGGCGUUAUUUUGAACGAGGAGGGCGUCGACGAUUUCAUCACGGUCUACGGCGGCGGAAGUGGACCGGACGCCACGACCUGGGACGACGUGGUAGGUGCGCCCGCGGCGGUGUCGGAGUUGAGAAGAAUACUACGCGUGGCCGGCGCGGCCGACGCCUCACAAAAAGCCCGGAGGGCCGGCGCGACGCCGCCGCGCAACGUCUUACUAGCUGGUCCGCCGGGGACGGGAAAAACAUUGAUAGCCCGAGCGGCGGCCGCGCAGCUCGACGCGCCUUUGUUGGUAGCCUCGGCAGCUGAAAUCGUCAAGGGCAAGUACGCGGGCGUCGGCGUCGAACGAGUGCGCACGCUGUUCGCGGCUGCGAGACGCGUGGCCGCGCGAAGUACGGGCAGACUCGCCGUGGUUUUUAUUGAUGAGCUCGACUCGUGUGGAAGAGUCCGAGGCGGCGACGCGUCGGCAGUAGGUGCGGACCACGACAACACGCUGAACCAAUUACUGGUCGAGAUGGACGGCUUUGGGGUGAGAGAUGCCUCCAAUCCCGAUGUUGUCGUCCUAGCCGCGACGAAUAGGCGGGACAUGCUCGAUCCCGCUCUUACCAGAAGAGGCCGUUUUGAUAGGGUGGUCGAGAUGGCGGCGCCGGAUAGAGAUGGAAGAGAAGCUUUAUUCGAGCACUACGUCGGCAGGCAGCGGUCGGCGUUCCUGGCGCGCGAGAUUACGUUCAAGGUCGAUAAUACCGAAGUUGCCUGCCAGGCCCUCGACAAUACGACGUUGCGAGUCUUCAAGCCCGUCAAGGCGGCCGGGUUGAGAGCAAAAGCGACGUUGUUUGCCAAUAAUACCGCUAGGUUAGAUGCGCGCGACCUGGAAGCUAUUAUUGCAAGGGCCCAGGGUAGGAGGGCGCAGCGCAAGAGCGGUUCAGAAGAUGUUUCAUUUUCUGUAUCUUACGAGGGCGGUUCGAAGGUCGAGAAUGAUACUGACCUCGCCUCGACUCUGGCUGAUUUAUCUCCCGGGUUGGUGGGUGCGGAUGUUGCUGCGGUCGUCAACGAUGCAGCCCUGGCCGCGUUGGACAAGGACCAAGACUACGCGACGAGGGACGACUAUUUGAGAGCCCUUGAAGAUGCUAUACUGGGCAUCCCCACGCACCCGGACGGCGCGUCCCCGAAACCGGACCAUCGGAUCGCCGUCCACGAGGCCGGGCAUGCGGUCUCGAGCUUCUUUCUGGAAAAUGUGGACGAGGCGACGCGCGCGUCGGUAAGGCCCCGGAGCGGCGGCUCGCUAGGAGUCACGAUGUUCGGCGCCGGCGACGCGACGAAUCUGAGACGGGCCGAAUUACGUGAUAGAGUUGUGAUGAUGCUCGCGGGCAAGGCCGCCGAGGCCCACUUGCUAGGAGACGCGUCGACGGGCGCGGCCGACGACGUCCGGAGAGCUGCUGUCUUAGCGGAGGCCAUCGUCAAGACGUAUGGGUUGUCGCAGGACGGCGCCGUCUUCACGUCUUGGAUUGAUGAAUAUGGCAAGAGGCAUGAAAUUGGUGGCGAGGAUGGCGACGCAGCUGUGCGCGCGGAGCUUGUCGAGGCGGAAGCACGCGCCUUGCAACUCGUGAAGGACCACGAGAGCAUUAUUCGUGCUUUGGCCGACGCGCUGGUCGAGCACGAGACGCUCGACGCGGCGGCGCUCAAGGCCGUCAUUAAACCGGCGGCCGAGACGGCUGUACCGGUAUGAACAAUCCCCCCUGUCCACUGUCCCCCCCUGUCCACUACGUUAAGAAUCCUACUG